AUGUCGCAGCUGCCCGCAACCACCUUCCUGCACACCUCGGGCGGCAGCCUCCUCAUACGGCGACGCAGCCGCGACCAGCAGGCCCAUGCGGCCAUCGCCCCGGCGACCGGCGGCAGCGUGGGCUACCCCAUCGUGCGCACCCGCAGCUGCCCGGCCGACGCCGAGCACGGACCCUUCGAGUCAGAGAACGAAAGCGAACGCGAUCACGAAAACGAAAACGAAAGCGAAAACGAAAGCGGCAACGAGUCGGCCUCUUCGACUUCGUCCUCGUCGUCGACGACGGCCGCCAAGAGCAGCGACGCCGUGCGCACGCGGCCCGGCGCGCACAAGCUCAAGUUCCAGGACCAGCAGUACAAGAACAAGCGCAAGGGUACGACGAUCGCCCACCACCACCUGGUCCAUGUCCUCGUCCCGGCGCUGGCCGUCGACGAUGUCAAGCCCCCCACCGACGCACAGUCUUCGCACAGCGGGCCGAUCCGCACCCGAUCGUCGAGACGCUACACGUGGGGCUCAGUCAUGUCCGAGGAGGGCACUCCCUUCACCCUGACCCUUCCCGACAGGGACGCGAGCACGAGCGAAGACAGCGGUGUGGAGAGCGGCGUGGACAGCGCGCGCGAUGAGCGGGACACCAACACAGCCACGACGUGCCAAGGCAGCGGCAGCGGCCGGCGGCGCCGACCGCGGGGCCGUAGCCUGCAGCUGGCCCAGGGCGUCAUCGACCCCGAGCUCACCCCGAAGAGCGGCCCCCUGCGCCGCUCCAAAGAAAACGAAGACGUGCAGCUGCCGUCGCGCGAGGGCAAAGACAAGGGCAAGACCAGCAAGGCCAAGGAGCCCAAGCGGCCGUCGACGCCCAAGACGCCCAAGCUGCGGCUCAAGACCAGCGCCGACAACCUGAGCACGACGGGCACAAGCGGCGGCAGCAGCACGGGGAGCGGCAGCGAUGACGAGAGUCGCGGCGCCCGGGAGAAGCUGGACAAGAAGAGUUCGAAGGAGCGCAAGCGCGAGGACAGCAAGCGCGAGAAGCGCGAGCGUAAGCAGCUCAAGGCCGAGAAGAAGAAGGGCGACAAGGAGAGCAGCGAGGCUGAGUCCGUGGCGGCGGCGGCGGCGAGCCAGCAGCCGAUCGUGGUGCGGCGCAAGCUUUCGCUCAACCUCGAUGGUCUGCCCAAGAGCCCGCGCGGCGGCAUCUCCGUACAGAGCCUCCUGCGAGUGGGCGACCAUGUGUGGGCCGCCGACUCCUCCGGCCGCAUCACUGUCUUCAACCCCAAGGGCGAGGUGGAGAAGGUGAUCGUCGUGUGCACGGGCCGACUGUACUCGAUGCUGCUGGUCGACAAGAAGCACGUGUGGGUGUCGGCAGAGGACUCGAUCAUCCGCGUGUACCACGCCGCCAAGUACAAGAAGGAGAAGGACCUCCAGUCGCACCGGAGCAUGGUGCGGUGCAUGGAGGUCAUCCGGCAGCCCGACGAUAAGGUGCAGGUGUGGAGCGGCGACGUCGAAGGCAACAUCAUCGUGUGGGACCCGCAGAAGCUGAAGAAGGAAGCCGAGUUCUGCGUGCAGUUCGGCGAGGCCAUCUUCUGCAUCGUCGCGCUUCCGCACUGCGUGUGGGUCUCGGCCGGCGGUGAACUCUACCGCGUCAACUUACGGAAAUUGGAGGUCGAGACGGGCUGGACCGCGCACGAGCGACCGAUCACGGACCUGCUCUACCUGCCCGAGGAGAACGUGGUGUUCAGCUGUGCCGGCGAUGGGAUCAUCCGCGUGUGGAAGGACCACUACACGGGCCUGGAGAACCACUCGUCGCUCCAGUCCGAGGCCUCGCUCCGACCGGCCAGCCUGCUGCGCGAGCUCACCAGCUCGAUCAACGUCAGCGCCCUCUGCCCGGCCUCGCCGCGCUCCGGCCUCCGCAUCUGCGCGGGCCACAUCGACGGCGCCAUCUCCCUCUGGGACUCUGACUUCAAGGAGGUGAGUCGGGUCAACUGCGACGCGAGCGCAUUCGCGGGCAUUCGCUACCUGCUCAGCAUCCGACCGGAGGACGGCGGCAAGGCCUCAUCGCGCAAGCUGGGCGAGACACUGUGGAGCGCCACCCGCGAUGGCUCCAUCUGCGUGUGGGACUGGACCGGCCACGUCGCCACGCCAACAGCCCAGUAG